AUGGUUAGCUCUAAAGAAAAGGGUGCCAAUAAUUCAAAGGAUUCAUGCUCUAAUAUUGAAUAUAAAAGAAAUAAUGAGCAGAGAUUAGAUAAGAGCAAUACUGGGAGAUUAGUUACUUUUAAAAAAGAAUCAAGUGAUCUUUAUAAUGAGGUCGAUAAUAUUAACAAAUCUAAUGAAACUGCAAGGAGACGUACUAAUAAAAGUAGUCCUAAUCAUUAUAUAUUUGGGAAAAAUAAUUUUAUUGAUUGUAAUCAUACUAUGAAUAGAGAGAAAUCUUUGAAUUUUGUACGCUUCCAGAAUAAUAAGAAGGGAAAUGAUAUCACAACAAAUUAUCCUGAUCAUCAGUAUUUAGACUUAAAUUCGUCGGGUGAAUUUCCAGGAAAUUUCAGUAUACUAUCUUUAGAUAACUACUCACAGCAGUAUUACAUACCUAGAAGUGAUAUUUUAACGACAGUAAGUAGUUGGUCACCACUUUACAGUAAUUUGUCUUCAUAUAUACCUCCACCUCCAAUAGAUGGAAAAAUAACGAAUAGUAUGUAUAAUAACCUUCCGAAUAUAGAUAUUCCAGAUAAUGAUAUAAAUCAAAUUGGGGAUAUGCAGAAUAAAUAUAGUUUUGUAGAGCUGUCAAAAUUACUUCCUACUUCAUUUGAAGUGUCUACAGCAAAUGCAAUUCAAAUGCUUAUUCCAAAUCAUUAUUUCUAUUCUAGGAUUUCUAAAGCGACCUCUGAUUUAUGUGAUUGGUUGGAGAGGAUGAAUAUUCCCUUGACAGUAUACCCCUAUGGCUCAACUACUACUGGUUUUGCGGAUCAAUAUUCAGAUUUGGAUAUAGCUCUAAUGCCAAGUGGACGGCUUAAAGGACAAUGUGAAAAGACUGAGUCUCAUCAGAAUAGUGAUAAAUUAGAAGAUAAUGAACUAAAAUAUAACUUAUGCCCAAUAAAAGAUAUAGAUAACCUUUCUCCUGGAGCACUUUUACAGGAGCUUUUUUCCUUAAUACAGAAAAAUACAGCAUCAUCUACAAUAUCAAAUUGCAAUUCUUCUGCAGAUUUCGAUUCUAAGUCUUCUGAAAAUAUAACACAUAAGAAUUUGAGAAAAAUUGUUCAAAAUAAUAAUGAACAUCCAUUUAUAUGUCUUCAAGAUAUUACUAGUGCUCAUGUACCAAUUAUACGUAUGUUACAUACAUCAACAAAUGUAGUUAUUGACCUUUCAAUAACUUUAUCUGAAUCUCAAAUGAAACAACAGAAAUCAUCGAAUAUUCAUAAAGAGAAUAAUCAAUUGACUACUGAAAAUGAUAUAAAGAGUUUUAAAACAGGGUUGAGUCACACAAUACCUACGUCAAUUUCUCUCCUUCAAAGUAGACUUGGAAUGCUUAGCUGGUAUUCAAGUCUAGAUCCUAGAAUUAUCCAUGUUGUUGUACUCACAAAAGUAUGGACUAGAUUCAGAGGUUUGAGAAAUACUCUUAAUGGUUUCCCUGGUGGUUAUGCAUGGACAUUAUGUGUAAUUUAUUUUUUUCAAAGAAUGGGAAUACUACCUGUAAUUGAUGCAGAUGCAUUUUAUAAAACUACAACAAAUUCUCCAUUAUCAUCUCCUUCAGUUGGUCCAAUAGUUAAUUCAGCGAUCACUGAUAUAAAUAGCAAAUUAAGAUAUAAAUUAAUUGAUGAGAAGAAAAUGGAUAAUUAUAUUAUAGCAAGGAAUUUUCCGGCAUUAGCAAUUCCAAAUAAUGAAUUUCUUCACGAAAAAACUGUAUGUGACAGUAAUUAUUCUCAAACCACAGAAAUACUUAGAAAUAAUCAGUCAACUAUAAAUGAGGGUCGUCUACUUUAUUUAGAUGUUGUAAAAGGAUCAAGAGGGAAUAAUGGUAUUAAUGAUAUAACAUUAGAUAUGGAGCCAAUAGAAAGUAUGCAUAAUGAACCAUAUACAGGAAUUAACAAAACCAUAUAUGAAAAUUUGAAGAAUAAUACUAUUGAAGGUGAACUUACUCCAGUUGGAUAUAUCUCUUCAGGUAUUAAACGCCCAUAUAAUUGUAAGAAGUGUGAACAUGAAGUUGAUAUAGUAGUUGAAUCAGGUAGAUCCUCAAUUGGGAGUACUAUAUGUACUUGUUCCUUUUCUCCUGGUUACCCUUUUUCAGAUAACAUGAACUCUUCACAAUGUUGUGAAAGUACAGAUAGCUUUUCGGGCUUGAUACUUGAUGGUAGAUAUUGCAACUUUUGCAUGAGUAACACAUCUUCUGAUGAUACUAAAUCAGGGAAAUAUUCCACUAAAAAAACAUUACCUAAUAAUACUACAUCUCAUCACUUGGAGCACUCUCAUCCUAACUUUUAUAGCAAUGGUUAUCCACAAAUUAAUAAUUAUCUACAUAACUCUACAAUAAUUGGUGAUAAAAACACACAACAUUGUAUGAUACUUCCACCUUGCCUUUCAGAUCCAGUGUUAUUUCCAGAUGCAAUGUUAUAUAGGCAUGCACCUAGUUAUGUAUUAUUUAUUCGAUUUAUUCAAUUUCUCGAAACAAACUUAUGGAAUACAGUGAUAGAUAUUAGUUCUCCAGAUAUUAUCCUUUCAGAAAAUCAAGGUGCAUGUUGUGAUAUCAGGAACCCUCUACCUGGUACACCUGCUUGCCGUCCAAUAUAUGAUGAGAUUAAUCAAAAGCAUAUAAGAGAUGAAAUACAGCGUGCUAUUCAGAUUAUUGCUUCUCCAAUGGGUAAUUUUGCGAUGCUAUGUGGUCAGGUGAACUAUGAUUCAAUGGGUUUAAAUAGAGGUAAUUCUACUAAUCUUACCGGGAAUGUUCAAGUGAAUAAUAAAUUUAAGUUUCAAUUUAGUAAUUUAAAUAGUUCUCCAAAACUAAAUAGUAAACAAUGGUAUAAAGGACAUUUUUAUAAUCCAAAUAAAGUUAGUUACUUUUCAAAUAAACAUCUGUCUAACUGGAAUGAUAAGCAAUUAAUAACAGUAACCCCAUUACAAUUUCCUUUUCAUAUACCUCCACCACCACCUCCCAAGUCACCUUCAAGAGUAUUUAAUAAUAAGAAAUACCAAAAUUUUACUAGUGCAGAGAGGAAGCUUAAUUCAUCAAGGCAAAAUAAAAGUGCACUAAUUACAGGUUGUAACAACUCAUUGAAUAUAAGUGGAGAUUCUAUAAAUAGCACAAUAGCUAAAAAUGAUUAUCUCGAUUAA